AUGCCGAGAAAAUUUUCAAAUCUCGAGACUGCACUGCUUCAGCACCUGGACCACCUUCCAGAAAGGGUGGAGGAGCGCUUGGAUGAAUUUGUAGCGUCAGCGCUCCGGGUUUGGUACCAAACUGUCGGCCAACAACUGGAACAUAACCCCUUUGUGGAGCUCUUUCAGGGGCGCCCUCUGGCAGAGUGCGCACCAUUGAUAGCUGUGGGGUUUAUCAUGGGAACAUUGUAUAUAUCUUUUCGACUAGCUUUUAUGCCGGCAAUGCAUCUUCCCCUCGGUAGCACCAGCUCCGUCAUAUUCCACUCUUCCUUUGUUCUUGCCGUGCUCUCCUAUGAGCGAGGGGUCACAGUGGAUCCUGGCUUCAUUCCAGAGAACUGGCGGAAAGCUGAAAACGGACGACCUCGUUUCGAGUUGGAAGGUCACCGGGUCUUCAUGUACGAGCGUAAGAAGAAAACCCGCGAGCUGCGUUUCUGCAACAAGGAAAUGAAGUUCAAACCUGACAGAGCUCACUAUUGCCGUAUUACUGGUCGAAAUAUCCUGAGAAUGGAUCAUUAUUGUCUUUAUCUAGCAAAUUGUGUUGGCUACCACAAUCACAAGUACUUUUUCCUGUUCCUCUUCUACACACUGAUAGCUACAGGCACUUUGGACAUCAAUGUUCUAUCAGCGCUGUACUUUCACACCCACACUGCGGGGCAUACGUUUAUGAUGGCCCAAGGUGCAAUGUGUUCAACAGUUAUUGCUGGUAUUCUGGGUCCAUUCUUUUCAUUCCACUGCUGGCUCAUGAGUCACAACAUGACAACCAUUGAGUACUGCGAGAAGAUGCGGGAUAAGGACGAAUCCCGUCCCUCCGAGAUGGGCGAGCUGCGUGCCUCGCAAUAUGACAUUGGCCUCCUUCGCAACAUCCAAAGUGUCAUGGGGGACAAUUGGAUGCUGUGGCUGCUGCCCAUCUCUGGCCCUUCUGGCGAUGGUCUGCAGUGGGGCAUCGCAGAACAAAAGAAAUCAGAAGCCGCCAGUGAAGCCACCAGUGCAGCCACCAGUGCAGUCACCAGUGCGGCUAGCAGUGCGGCUACCAGUGCAGCGAGCAGUGCAGCUGCCGCCUUUCCUGCAGACUUGCCAGCGAGGGCGGAUGAUGAGCAUGGGAGCGAGGCAGCGGCAGAGACCAACGCGUCGACCAGGGAAGAUCCCCAAUCUUCGACCCAGUGGUCCGCGGCCACGGAUCUCUGGGCGGCGUUCUCGGCUUUGGCGGCACAAACCAGGCAUUGUGUUGUACAGAACCGACGCUGUCCAUCCUUUGUGGCACCAAGCUCGGUCAUUGACGCUGGGCACGCCUUGCACGAGAUGUGUGGCGACAUGGCGGUGUACUUGGAAAACAAGGCGAGAGCCUCUGGUAUUCUCCAGCCGCAGCCACAGCAGCCACAGCCGGGGCUGGUGCAGUCUGUGGUUCCAAAACAGCGGCCCAGCACUAGUUCUUCUGAGGCCUAG